GCCUAUUAAAGCUCAGGCCGCGGGAGCAGAGCUGGGCAAUGGAGCGGGAAGGCGACCAAGCAGGGCACGGGCCCCGGCAUGGGCCGGCGGGGAACGGCCGAGAUCCCGAGACUCUAGCCGGAGCCUCGCUGCUAACGCCCAUGGACCUAGGGGAGGAGCCGCUGGAGAAGGCGGAGCGCGCACGCACGGCCAAGGACCCCAACACCUACAAAGUGCUGUCGCUGGUUUUGUCAGUAUGUGUGCUAACAACGAUUCUUGGUUGUAUAUUUGGGUUGAAACCAAGCUGUGCCAAAGAAGUAAAAAGUUGCAAAGGCCGCUGCUUUGAGAGGACGUUCAGCAACUGUCGAUGCGACGCUGCCUGUGUCAGCCUUGGGAACUGCUGUCUGGAUUUCCAGGAGACCUGUGUGGAACCAACACAUAUAUGGACUUGCAACAAAUUCAGGUGUGGUGAAAAGAGGUUGUCCAGAUUUGUGUGCUCCUGUUCAGACGACUGCAAGGCCCACAACGACUGCUGCGUCAACUACAACUCUGUGUGUCAAGAUAAGAAAAGCUGGGUGGAAGAAGCGUGUGAAAGCAUCGACGCACCGCAGUGUCCAGAAGAGUUUGACUCACCUCCCACUCUCUUGUUUUCCUUGGAUGGGUUCAGAGCUGAGUAUUUGCACACCUGGGGUGGACUUCUUCCUGUUAUUAGCAAGCUGAAAAAGUGUGGGACGUACACUAAAAACAUGAGGCCCGUGUACCCUACAAAAACGUUCCCCAAUCAUUACAGCAUUGUCACGGGACUUUACCCAGAAUCCCACGGCAUCAUCGACAACAAGAUGUAUGAUCCCAAGAUGAAUGCUUCUUUCUCACUAAAAAGUAAAGAGAAAUUCAACCCGCGGUGGUACAAAGGACAGCCGAUCUGGGUCACAGCUAAGCAUCAGCAGGUUAGGUCUGGCACAUACUUCUGGCCAGGAUCCGAUGUGGAGAUCGAUGGAAUUCUACCAGAUAUCUACAAAGUGUAUAACGGGUCAGUACCAUUUGAAGAAAGGAUUUUAUCUGUUCUCGAGUGGCUGCAGCUUCCUAGCAAUGAAAGACCACACUUUUACACUCUGUAUUUAGAAGAACCAGACUCCUCAGGGCAUUCAUAUGGACCAGUCAGCAGUGAGGUCAUCAAGGCCUUACAGAAGGUUGACAAGAUGGUGGGCAUGCUGAUGGACGGCCUGAAGGACCUUAGUUUGGACAAGUGCCUGAACCUCAUCCUCAUUUCAGACCAUGGCAUGGAGCAGGGCAGUUGUAAGAAGUACGUGUACCUCAAUAAGUAUCUGGGCGAUGUGAACGACGUCAGAGUUGUCUAUGGACCUGCUGCUCGGCUGAGACCCUCUGAUGUUCCAGAAAAGUACUAUUCAUUUAAUUAUGAAGGCCUCGCAAAAAAUCUUUCUUGCCGGGAACCAAACCAGCACUUCAGGCCUUACCUGAAGCACUUCUUACCCAAGCGCUUGCACUUCGCUAAAAACGACAGGAUCGAGCCGCUGACAUUCUAUCUGGACCCGCAGUGGCAGCUUGCGUUGAGUUCAUCAGAAGGGAAACGUUGUGGAAGUGGAUUUCAUGGCUCUGACAACCUGUUUUCAAAUAUGCAAGCUCUCUUUAUUGGCUACGGACCUGCCUUCAAGCACGGCGCUGAAGUUGACUCCUUUGAAAAUAUUGAAGUCUAUAACUUAAUGUGUGAUUUAUUGGGUUUGAUCCCAGCUCCUAACAAUGGCAGUCAUGGUAGUCUUAACCACCUUCUAAAGAAGCCUGUUUACACACCAAGUCAUCCCAAAGAAGAGAGCUCCUCCGUGUCCCAGUGUCCAAUCAGAUCAACAGCUGAUAACCUUGGAUGCACGUGCGACCCCUGGAUUGAUCCUAUGGAGAACUUUGAGGAACACUUUAAUCUGACCACGGAAGAUGUAGCGGAUAUUGAUGGUAGUACUCUACCCUACGGAAGGCCCCGGAUUCUGCAGAAGAAGCACAGCAUCUGUCUUCUUUACCAGCGACAGUUUGUGAGUGGAUACAGCCAGGACCUCCUCAUGCCCCUCUGGACAUCUUACACCAUCCUCAGUAAUGACAGUUUCUCUACAGAGGACUUUUCCAACUGUCUAUACCAGGACCUUAGGAUUCCUCCCAGUCUCACCCACAAAUGUUCCUUUUAUAAAAGCAAUUCUAAGCUCAGUUACGGGUUCCUCAUGCCUCCGCGACUAAAUAGAGCUUCAACUCAAAUAUAUUCUGAAGCAUUGCUUACUUCUAAUAUAGUGCCAAUGUACCAGAGUUUUCAAGUUAUAUGGCAGUACCUUCAUGACACCCUACUGCAGCGGUACACCAAAGAGAAGAACGGCAUCAAUGUUGUCAGCGGUCCCGUGUUUGACUUUGAUUAUGACGGACGUUACGACUCCUUAGCGACCCUGAAACAAAACAGCAGAGUCAUCCGCAGCCAAGAACUUCUGAUUCCAACUCACUUCUUUAUCGUGCUCACCAGUUGCAAACAACGGUCUCAGAUUCCCUUAGAUUGCGCAGGCUUGGACUCCUCUGCCUUCAUAUUGCCUCACAGGCCUGAUAACAUUGAGAGUUGCACGCACGGGAAGCGGGAGUCCUCGUGGAUCGAAGAGUUGCUGACGUUGCACAGAGCCCGGGUCACCGAUGUGGAGCUCAUCACUGGCCUCAGCUUCUACCAUGAGCGUCAAGAGUCAGUUUCAGACCUGCUGAGGUUGAAAACACAUUUGCCAAUCUAUAGCCAAGAAGACUGAAUAUUUUUUUUAAUGCACCAGAAAUCUUUUUCAGAGGAUCUUAUAUUUUAUACCGUCUGUUACACUUUUGCAUUGUUUGGAAACUCUCAAGUGGAGUUGAAACUGGGAAUCCUGCAUGAUGCCAGCAUCUCUGGGCUGCAGGGUGACUCGGCACACUGGCGGGGUGUUCCUGUCCUGUGUCGUGCAGAUUUCCUGUGUGAGAAUUAGAUGUGUUAUUAGCACACUGGGAGUAACAGGGCUUUACUUCACACCCAGAAGUGCUCUUGGGUCAGGGAGAAGGGGCCAUGAACAUGGUCUGCAGACCUGGUGGUGGAAUUAUUGUUGACAAAGCUAACUAAAGGAUGGGGCAGUCCAUGUCACGUUGAAAAAUAGAAAGUGGUCCUGGAUUAAUUUUUACUUGGAGUUUCAGUUUUAACUAUUAUUUUGAGGCCCCAUUUCUGUCUUUUCUGUCUCCUCCUCCAAAAGCCAAAUCAUUAGUCUUGUGCUUUUAAAACAAAUGGUGAUUGGAUCUCUUCAGAUUUAGUGGCUCUCACAAAUUGGACUUUGAUGGGAAAUUUUUGACUCGUGUAUUGCUAGUUAUUAUAAAAGUUGUUCUCUACAUUUGUACACACACACACACACACACACAUACACACACACAGAGAAAUAAACAGAAACUGAAAACAGCCUUGAAAAUGGCUCUCUUAGUCCAUUAAAAUUGGGUUUUAUUCGGGUGAAUGACCAGAGAACUUGUUGGCUCUUGUGGUCC